AUGCAUCAACCUUUGGGUUUCGGGGAUCACACUCGACCUGAUCAUGUGUGUCUUCUUCGUAAGUCUCUUUAUGAUCUAAAGCAGGCCCCUCGCGCGUGGUAUCAACGGUUUGCUGAUUUUGUGGCUACCAUCGGUUUUCGUAAUAGCAUUUCUGAUAACUCUUUGUUUGUUUAUUGUCAUGGCUCUGACAUCACUUAUAUUCUCUUGUAUGUGGAUGAUAUUACAAUUACUACCUCCUCUGAUUCUCUUCGUCAGUCCCUUAUGUCUAACUUGAGUUCAAAAUUUGCUAUGAAGGACUUGGGUCCUCUUUGCUAUUUCUUGGGUAUUGCCGUUUCUCGGAAUUCUGCAUGUCGUUUUCUCUCUCAACACAAAUAUGCUUCUGAGAUCCUUGACAAAGCUGGCAUGUCUCAAUGCAAACCUGCUCCCACUCUUGUUGUUACUUCCGGAAAACUUUGUGCAAAUGCUGGUUUUCCUUAUGAUAAUCCCACCUUGUAUCGAAGUUCGGCUGGAGCCCUGCAGUAUCUCACUUUCACUCGUCCGGACAUUUCUUAUGCUGUUCAGCACGUUUGUCUGUUUAUGCAUGAUCCUCGGGUUGAACAUAUGGCUGCUAUUCAUCGUAUUCUUUUAUAUCUUCACGGCACUCUUGAUUAUGGUCUACAAUUGUAUAAGUCGCCCAUCUCUUCUCUCUUGUCCUAUACUGAUGCUGAUUGGGGUGGUUGUCCUGAUACCCGCCGCUUGACUUCUGGCAACUGUGUUUUCUUGAAUGAUAGUCUGAUAUCUUGGUCUGCCAAGUGUCAACCUACCGUCUCUAAGUCCAAUGCUGAAGCGAAAUACCGGGGUGUUGCUAAUGUUGUCUCUGAAACUUGUUGGGUUCACAACUUACUUCUUAAGCUCCAUUGUCCUAUUCGUACGGCUACUCUAGUUUACUGCGACAAUGUUAGUGCUGUUUAUUUGUCAAAUAACCAUGUUCACUAUCAACACACUAAACACAUUGAGAUGGAUAUUCACUUUGUUCGUGAAAAAGUCAAGCGUGGUGAUGUUUGCGUUCUUCAUGUUCCCUCUCGAUUUCAGAUUGCUGACAUUUUUACCAAGGCUCUUCCUCAAGUCUUCUUCGAUGAUUUUCAUUCCAGUCUCAGCGUCCGCAAACCUUCCGAUUCAACUGCGGGGGUGUGCUAG